AUGUCUACACCUGCACCCACCGAAGAUCUCCUUUCGGACGUUCCUUUAGUGUUCGUCUCAAAUUCUUACUUGGACGAUCUCACAACAACUAUACGUUCACGACCAAUUCCAUGGGAGGGAUAUCAUAAGGCCGAAUUAAUUACGCUAGACGAACUUGAACUCUUGAAACGAGUAGACAAACAGAGCCGCGAGCAAGUUAGAUCGGUGAUGCAAAAGGAUUCAGAAAAAUAUGCGGUAUUAUAUUUACAUCUCCUCGAAAAGUUGACUC